AUGAUUGCUAUUAAUCCCAUUCAUAUAAUCGUGGUUGGUGCCGGUUUAAUAGGCCCAAGACAUGCUGAACAUGUCAUUAAAAAUUCUCAAACUGAAUUAUUCGGAAUUGUGGAUCCAUCCCCAUCUGCCAAAGAAGUUGCUUCAAGAUUAAAUACUCUUUAUUUCAAAUGUAUUAAAGAUGUCAUAGAUUAUUGUGAAGAAAAUUCAAUCCCUAUACCAGAUGGAGCUAUUGUUGCUACUCCGAAUCAUACUCAUGUGAAAGUAGCGGCUGAAUUAGCAUACUUUGGUAUUCAUCUUUUGGUUGAAAAACCAUUAGGUUCAAACCCACAAGAAGCAAAAGCCUUGAAGGAUUUUGCUAAUUCUAAAAAUGUUAAAUUAUUAGUGGGACAUCAUAGAAGAUUUAAUCCAUUUAUAAUUGAAACCAAAAACCAACUACAUAAAAUUGGUAAUAUCAUUGCUGUGCAGGGUACAUGGACAUUACGUAAACCACAAUCAUAUUUCGAUCAAAGUCCAUGGAGAACAAAUCAUGAAACUGGUGGAGGUCCAUUAUUGAUUAAUUUAGUUCAUGAUUUAGAUGUAUUACAAUUUUUAUUUGGACCUAUUGAAAAGAUUUACGCUGAAUUAUUAAAAAAGCAAAGAUUGGAAUAUUCCGAUAAUGUCGAUGAAGGGGCUGCAUUAACUAUAAGAUUUAAAAAUGGUAUAACUGGUACGUUUAUAUGUUCAGAUAAUGUUACAUCACCAUUUAAUUUCGAAUGUGGUACUGGUGAAAAUCCAACUAUCCCAUUACAUGAAGAUUUACAAGGGUUUUAUAGAAUUUUUGGUUCAAAGGGGACAUUAUCUGUACCCGAUUUGAACUUAUUUCAUCAAGCUGACGAUAAAGAAGAAGAACAAUCCACCACUACUGGUGAUAAAUCAUGGUUACAUCCUAUUGAAAAGAAGUCACUUAUCGAUAUCAAUGAACUCCGCACAUUACAACCCUUUGAUUUACAAUUGAAUCAUUUCGUUGAUAUCAUAAGAGGUAAAGCUGAACCAUUAUGUACAGCCGAUGAUGGAAUCUCAGCUUCAUUAUGUAUUGAAGCCGUUUUAAAAUCAAUCGAAACUGAUAUCCCUCAAUAUAUUGCUGAUAUGAAAUCUAUCUCACCAGAUUAUCAUGCUUUGGGUUAUGUUCAUGAUAAAACUGUUCAAGCUACCGUUACUACUAAUACUAACACUAAGUAA